AUGUCGACGCCUUACCUCACAUCGUACGCGAAUGAAUAUUCGUUCGCACGGGGCGCCACCCGAGCCGGUGAUGCUGCCCAAGCCGCCGAUAAUCACCGGUCUAGAGCUCUGGCUGAGAUCGACGGACUCUUUGCUGGUUUCCAGUAUCUGGAGAGGACAGAAGGUAAUCAAAACUCGAGCGCUCGAUCCUUCAGUGCACGCACUUUGAUUCCAGAUCUGGCAUCAUUUGACGACUUUGAACGCGAUCUCAACAGCACAAUAACACAACCGGACUUGGCCGACAACAAUAAUCUGCAUCAGGACGAGAGCCGGGUCGCAGACAGUGAGGGCCAGCCUUCCAAAUGCGAUUGGUCAUCAAUCAGGGACGUCAUGGAAGGAUCCGAACAUCACUGGCGAAGCUUCCAGCAGCUAGCGGAGAAGCUCAACCUCCCCGCCGUUAACAAAAUUCGAAAUCAAUAUGAGAACCCUCGUGGUCUUCGUGAGGCAGGCGUCUUUGCAUUUCGCGAGACACUCUCUGGUGCAGCACCAAAGGACCUCAAGGGCGUGUUUGCAUUUGCAAGCCUCUCAUUUGUAGUCUCCCAACUGCUGUGUAGCAGAGGACGCAUUGCAAAGCAGGAGAUCCUCAAGGGCAUCAAGGUCUGGAGAGACGCAAUCCAGGACCAAGAAGAAAGAGAAGUGUUUCUAAAACUUGCGGAAGAGCUUUGGCCAGAAGCAAAAGUCCACUUCCAUUUCAUACCCCUCAACCUGAACCCAAAACAUGUCGACCGCCUGCACAAUUUAUCGUCUUUUGGGGACCAUUAUUGGCAGCCACAAGAAGAAUAUGCGCCAACAUCGCCGGCACACUUCAGUGAGGAUCAGCAGGGACAUACAAGCCAAUUGACUUCCAAUGUUGAUUCGAAUGCGCCAGAAAGCUUUAAUAUUCUGCCUACACAUGGGAGUUUCAACGAUCAGGAAUACGCCAUACAGUUGCUCGAAGAGUAUAAUUGCCUUCCCAUGUGGGAGCAGGUGACAAGGAUGACUGGCUGUACUCGAGAACUGUGGCACUGGCAUGAAUUAUCAUCACACUUGUCUAAUGACUCAGGAUCAAUUGGAGCCACGGCAACGUCUGGCCAUCUGCCUGGUCUGGAUUUGACCAACAACACCAGUGUAAAGCCUCCAGAUCCCGGGCACGAUCCUCCAGAUACCCCAACUUGCGAGCAACUUCAAAGUACAGCCGUCUUUUGCGCUGUCUCUACUUACCUCUUGAAUUUUAGCAGGUUCUUCUACCUUCUAUCUGGAGGUGGGCUCUCCGCAAAGAGCUUGCAAUCCAUCAAGGCUUUCAACGUGGAAAGCACCAACCUCAAAGAUCAUAUCCUGGACAUGUAUCUUGAGCCAUUGAAGAAUAGCGGCAUUACUCUGAGCUCGCAGAGCCUCGCCAUCUGGGCAGUUGCGAGAAAAUUUGUCAAGUUGGGAUGCCUACAGAGUGUGCAGGAGGUCCAGGACUAUCUCAUGACAGUCGGAAGGGAGAUCCUACCGACAGGACAACCAUUUACAAAGUUCUCUCGUUGGGUCUACUCUAUAGCUGAAGGGCCUCUUGUCUCUGUGAGCAGCCCGAGUUGUAUAAGUACACCCAAAGGCGGGCGAAUUCGAAAAAAGAAGUCGUAUAAGGACCUACGUAUGCGAGACUUGUCAAAAACCAUACUCCAGCUCGACGAACUUAUCAAGGCAUCGCAACAAACAUAA